UCAGCCUCCAGUCAGAGCCGAGAAUCAGUCGCCGCCGCAGCGAAUGGAGGCGAACGCGUGGGAGCGACUUCUCCGCGGAAUCUGCUCGCUUUUCAAACAGCUUUGACACGGACGGACGCCGCGUGGAUGUUUCAGAACAGCUUUUAAUCACGUGAAGGAACCACACUUUUUAAAGAAAACAAAGAAAACAGAGAACAAUUAAGAGGGAAAAUCGCAUCGCGUCCUCCUGAGGAGAGGAGAUCGUUCAAAAAAAGGGCGUGUGUGUGUGUGUGUGUGCGCGCGCGUGUGUGUGAGUGUGUUGAUGUGUGUGUGUGCGGGGCGAAGGCAGUUUUUUUUUCUAAGAAUUGAAUGUGUUUAGUUGUUGUUUUUUGACACGAACACCGUCGAGGUUUCACGGACAGAGUCGAGGAUGGGAUGCACGCUGAGCACGGAGGACAAGGCGGCGGUGGAGCGCAGCAAAAUGAUCGACAGGAACCUGCGGGACGACGGAGAGAAGGCGGCCCGCGAGGUCAAGCUGCUGCUGCUCGGUGCCGGCGAGUCGGGGAAAAGUACAAUCGUCAAGCAGAUGAAGAUCAUCCACGAGGCGGGUUACUCAGAAGAGGAGUGUAAGCAGUACAAGGCGGUCGUCUACAGCAACACCAUCCAGUCCAUCAUCGCCAUCAUCCGAGCCAUGGGUCGCCUCAAGAUCGACUUCGGAGACGCCGCGCGAGCUGAUGAUGCGAGGCAGCUGUUUGUGUUGGCGGGCUCGGCAGAGGAAGGCUUCAUGACGGCGGAGCUCGCCGGCGUCAUCAAGCGGCUCUGGAAGGACGGCGGCGUCCAGGCGUGCUUCAGCCGCUCACGCGAAUAUCAGCUCAACGACUCGGCGGCGUACUACUUGAACGAUCUGGACAGGAUAUCCCAGGCCACCUACAUCCCAACCCAGCAGGACGUCCUGAGGACCCGAGUGAAGACCACGGGCAUCGUGGAGACACACUUCACGUUCAAGGACCUGCACUUCAAAAUGUUUGAUGUUGGCGGUCAGCGGUCCGAGAGGAAGAAGUGGAUCCAUUGCUUUGAAGGCGUGACCGCGAUCAUCUUCUGCGUGGCGCUCAGUGACUACGACCUGGUGCUGGCCGAGGACGAGGAGAUGAACCGAAUGCACGAGAGUAUGAAGCUGUUCGACAGCAUCUGCAACAACAAGUGGUUCACGGACACCUCCAUCAUCCUCUUCCUCAACAAGAAGGACCUGUUUGAGGAGAAGAUCAAGAAGAGUCCUCUCACCAUCUGUUACCCGGAAUACGCCGGCUCCAACACGUACGAGGAAGCCGCCGCCUACAUCCAGUGUCAGUUUGAGGACCUCAACAAGAGGAAGGACACCAAGGAGAUUUACACCCACUUCACCUGCGCCACAGACACCAAGAAUGUGCAGUUUGUCUUUGACGCGGUCACCGACGUCAUCAUCAAGAACAACCUGAAAGACUGUGGUCUCUUCUGAGGACGGACAAGAAGACCAGCCCUUUUUUUUCUUGGCAGUGGAGCCAGCUUGUUGUGCAUCUUUGGUGGGGAAGAGGAUCAGUCACGGACCAGUGCUGUACUAUACGCCACUUUUAACAGCUUUAUUUAUGUUUUUAUUAUGAUGUCUCGGAACAUUUUGAAGUAGCCUUACAAAGAUCUGAGUAGAAUGUUUGUUUCACAUUUUGUUUGUUUUUCAUUUAAAUUUUCUUUCUCUCUCUGGUUUUUUUUUUGGCUGUUCCUUCUGCCGCUAUCUCUGGAAAAGGAAACUUUGCAAUUGGUGGAAUUUCUUCUUCUUUUCUUCCUUACCUACAAUGAAAAGGGAAGAAAAGAGGCACAACUCUGAGUCCAGUUUGUUGGUACUUGUGCCUUCGCAUGCCUUUUUACUGCGGUCGUCGUGCUGAUGCUUGUUCUGUUGCCUGCUGAGUUGUUCUGAACGUAAAGACGUUAACUGUUUUCAUACGUCAGUGUCCCCGCUAUCUUCUGUGUGCACACCACUGAGCUGUUGAGAGGAGGAACAUCUCCCUCUGGUCUCCAUGGUGACCACCGUGUAGCCUCCACAGUCCACUACCCCACCCCACCCACUAUGACAGUGGACGGCCUUGCUGGCCGCUCACACAGUACAAUACUGAGAUGUAUAUUGUUACGAUCACCCCGCACAAUGUGGGGCUCUGGUUUUUAAACGGUGUAUAAAAUAUCCAUUCUUCACUAACCGUUCAGAAAGCGGUUAGCGACGGCACUGAGCUCAUAAUACGCUCAUUUGUGAAAAGUACAAAGACCCGAGUUGGCACAUUUUACUGUAUAUUAUUAUGUAUUUGGAGGCGUCGACGGCAGCGAGGAGGGAAAUACUGAACCGAGAGAAAAAAAGUCUCUGUAGAUAAAAAUGAGGUCGGAAUUGUUUUCGCCGUUCACUCGCAGCUCGUGAAGCGUUUCACUUCAGAGUUGAUGAUCCACGAAGAGCGUGAUGGAAAUAAAGGUCAAGGGAAAAUUGGUCUCUGAUUAUUAUUAUUAUUAUUAUUAUUAUUAUUAUCGUUCUUGUUGUUGUUAUUAUUUUUUAGAUCAGCACCACUUUGCCAAGAACAUUGGUGAUAAAUCUGGUUCCCGAUCUGUUCCUAUAAAGAAAAACUGCCACAAAUAUCAAUGUAUGUGUUAUGAGGAUCUUUGUCGACUCAUCGCCCUUAUUUUGCUAAUAAAAAAACAAGUGCAAACAUA